AUGGUUAGUGUUUCAGUAGUUCUUGGAAUCUUAGGGUUUGCCCCGAUUUGCCCGAAGGACGAUAAAAGGGCUCGCUCAGCUGGCAGCAAAGCAGACUCCCACAUCCAAAGCCAAUCUGCGAAGUCGAUGGGAAAAUUUGACUGGGUGCAGGAGUGUUCCCCUGGUCAACGAGCUAUCCGAUUCUAUGACACUGGGGGGCCUCCUUACAGAAAAGGGCGGCACGGCGUGGGGGCUAAAAACGGGGAAGGGGCACUGCUGAAAAGCGGGCACGGGGUGGCCAUUGCCCCAACUCUAAUUUUUCCUGAGGUCGGGACUCUGCGACGUCAGAGGCUUCUCCGUGGGGGCCUCAGAAUCGGCCUCGGAAAGGGCUCGCUCGUGUCAAAGACCCUCUCCACAAUGACCGAAGGCUACGAGAGCAUCACCCUGAAGGAAGCUUUUCGUUUCGCUACUUUGGGAGGCGCUAAAGUCGUUCGUAUGGAGGAUCGGAUUGGAAACUUUGAGGUUGGGAAGGAGAUCGAUGCUCUUUUAGUCGACACAGAAGCAACAGGGACACCUCUUGACAUCUUCUUAGAGGAUAAAACCGAAGAGAAAAUAGAGAAAUUCCUCUACAACGGAGACGACCGAAAUGUUCUACGGGUUUACGUUGCUGGGAAAGAAAGUUGGUCAACCGACGUUCUUCUCAUAUCCUUGAAUGCGGGUUACAUUAGGGUGGGCUUCCGCCAGGUUUUAAAACACCGCUCUGGCUUUUGUGCCACAGCAAAUAAUUUAGGAGACUAA